AUAAUGACGUAAUUGAUGAACGAAUCAUACAAUAGUCGGCACAAAGUGUUUGUGUGUUUAACACAAGGAUUUCAAUCAUUAAAUAUUUAACGACUAUUACGGGUGUUGUUUGCGGUCAUUGUUUUGCUGACCAAAACACAGGACAAUAACACGUGCUUUUGAUUGGUUACCGAUCAGUACAAGUAUUACACAAUAUGAACAAAAAGGACAGUGUGGAUUUAUCGACCAUUCGUUGCCAGAAAUGUCUAGAUAUGGGUCACUGGACCUACCAGUGCACCGGUAAACGCAAAUAUGUUCACCGAUUGUCGCGAACGGCUAUUAUGAAGAAGCGAUUAAAACAAAGAGAAGAAGAGACAAAACUGAAACUAUUACAAAAGUUAAACGAACAGAAAAAUGCGGCCAACAGUUCAUCGUCGGCAUCGUCUUCGGCAACCAGUGAUAGUGAGUCAGACAGCAGUUCUACAUCGAGUGAUGCGUCAAAGCCAUCGCCAAUGAUAAAUGUUUCGCAUCGGAAUCGGUCACGAAGUGGAUCAAGUGGUACGUCUUCGACAUCAUUGUCUUCAGGCUCUUCAUCGACAUCAUCAUCACUGUCGUCCUCGUCGUCUAAUUCAUCCGAUUCUGAUUCAGACUCUAACCCAUCGUCAGAUGAAAGCAGACAGAGAUCACAUCACAGACAUAGAGAUAAUAGAAGGCAUUCGAGACAUAAAAGGAGAAGAAGUGAUUGAUUUAUCAAAACAUCAAUAAUUUUCUACUAAUUUUCAAAAAUAUGUUUCGCUAAACAACUGUUAUCUUUAAUUAUAAUAAUAAUAAUCCAAUCAAUGAUUGUAAACAUUU